AUGCCCCUCGAAUCCUUCUUGUCCAAGCCAGCCGUUGAAGCGGAGGCUUUGGCUUACCUGCGACGUGAAUCCCUCGACAUCUACAAUCGGCUGCAUUCAAUCGGAGAGGACGUGGCCUUCGUGAAUCAAGUUAGGCUGGCUUAUCCAGCCUUUGCCUUCCUUCCGAACUUGCGUUGCGGAGCUUGGUACACGGACCCUACACUGUGCAGAAAGGAACCUGCCUACUUCAAGUCAACGGACGGGCACUACAACGGCUGGAGUUUCAACCUACGCAGACCCAAUGUGCAUCUUCUGCCGUUAGUGGUCGAACUUGGCGGGAUGAUACUCGUCGACUCUACUCGAUCAGGAAAGCGGCUCCCUGAUGCGCUCUCGAAGACAGUACCGAUCUGGUGUGCCGUGAUCAACAGAGCGGUUGCUCUUAAAGUACAGACUGCAGACGGCUCGCGAGGCGUGGGGGACUGGGACACACAGCUGUACACGCCUCCUGGCGCAGUCAGCUCGCAAGAACAUGCACAAAUCGCCUCACGUCUUGAUCAAUGGGCAAGAGACCUUGUAUCUUCUUCAUAUGUCCUACCAGAACUAUCCAAACCGCUCCGACCUUUCUGGAUUACGCCGGCGAAUUCGACGUUUCCGAACUUGGCGUCGUCCACCGAGUUCUUCACGAUCAUAUGCGUCUCUGCUUCGAGGCAGGUGCAUGAUGGGCUCGAGCGACGCACGCAAGGCUUUGCAUACGUGCAAGGGUCCGGGGAUGAUCACGAACUAUGGGGAAUGGGCCUUACUCCACAGCUCUUCUGGAGGCACCGAACGGAACUGCUCGCUGCAGAACGAUCUGAAGUAGAGGCGUUAGUCCAAGCUAUCGUAUCUGAAGCGCAAACAGGCGUCAUAUACGGGACAGCCGACCACGAUUGGACAGACAGCUUGACGCCCAUCAUGAAGAUAUCGGGUCGCAUACGACUCUGCCGACUUGCCGAUUUACCAAGAGCUGGACUGGACGGCGCACUUCUACAUGAUAAGGCCUACUUCCUCAUCUAUGCAUCUUCGCCGGAAGCCUCGACCACUACCGGACCUUCUGCGCACAUUCAUCGAUGCACGCUUGCGGCGGGCAAGAAAGGGCAGCACGAUCUCCUGCGUAGCAUCCUACCACAAGCCGUCACGUUCGCUUCAAGACAUCUCACGCCAGAGGGAAAGGACGUCGUGGUAGCUUGCGAUGAUGCGAAGGACGCGAGUGUCGGAGUGGCGGUCGCUUUACUCCAGCUAUUCUUCGACGACAAUGGUCAACUACGCGACGAGCCGAGACGAGAUACUGCUUCCAAGCAGUCGAUACGAAAGCGUUUGGAAUGGAUCAUCGCGUCUCGACCUGAGGCUAAUCCAUCGCGGACCACACUCAAGCGUGUCAAUGACUUCCUGUUGUCCCCUUCAACACUAUAG